CCGAGAGGAGUUUUCUAGAAAAAGCUAAUUUCAUUCUAGCCCCUACGUAUGUAAUCCCUUAAAUCCGUUCUGACGGGUCCAUCUGUUAUGAUGAUUUUAAACUUAUUCUAGAUCCCUGGUCCAGCUUUCAAAACUUUAAGAUCGAGACUUUUUAUUAGAUAACCUAACUUGACCCUGCAGGAAUCUUUGUGGUUAAGAAAGGGAUACGUGGUGACGUAGCAAUUUGUCAUGGCAGACAAGCGAAGAGCUGAACCCAGGGAAAGCUCUACCUAGGUACUAGACCUGCGCCCGUGCACGCGCUUUUCCCCCAAAGCGAAAGAGGUGACCUCAUCUUGCUAUGUAGGGACUGUAUGUAGGGCGCCUCCCCAUCAAAUUAAUCCCUGCCAUCGCAUACCCCAUGGGCACAGACAUGCUACUCUCCAUCUACAUCGUGGAUCCUUACAUUAUCGAGGUAUUCGACGCAUAGCCCUACGGGCUGGAGAUAUCAAUUUAUCUCAUCCUACCUACCUAGACCAAGGUAGCCCUCAAAGGUAUAAAUUGGGGUUUACGAUCCCAUGUAACCUCACAGCGCUUGAAACCCGUCAUGGCUGAUGAGAAUUACACUUCUCCCUCGACGUCAGCAGCGAACACGAACGGCCGAGCAUCAUCGCUCGCCGGCAAUGAGCCCCCAAGUUUCAGCUUGCGUCGAGCUGCAACAGUCGGUCAAUCUGCUCAAUCUGCUCCUCCUACACGUCGUCGCCCCAAUCCGAAUACGGGCUCGCCCACUGCCGAGAAUGGCUUUGCAGAUAUUCGAAGGCGGAGCUCCACAUACUCCGAUUUCAGUCUAAAUGAUGCUAGAAGGGAUCUAGAGACAAGUGCGGAUGGGCUCUUUAAUCCGAGCAAAUAUGGAUCCAAAGAGGUGGAUAAAUCCCCAUUCGUCUACGUCCCACUUACACUAGCUCUGCUCCCUGCUAUAGCUGGCAUAUUCUUCGAAAAUGGGAGCGCUUUCUUCACCGACCUCAUAUUACUUAGCCUGGCUGCUAUAUUUCUUCACUGGUCCGUCACGCAACCGUGGGAUUGGUAUCGCUCUGCGCAACAGAUACGCGUCGUGAGAGAUGAGAUUAUGACUGAGUCUGUCUUCGAAUCUGACAGCGACGUCGAGCCUCCUACGACAAACCUGGAAGAUGUCCCUGAAGAGACAAAUAAACAGGAUGGUUCUGGGGAAGUGGCCGAAGAGGCAUACGAUAGACAGGAUCGUCGGCGAAAAGAGCGACAGGAUGCCGCGCUUAGGGAACUCUACUUUCACGAAAGGGCUGCUCUAGCCUGGUGCUUUAUAUUUCCCAUGCUUGGCGCAUAUCUUUUACACGCUAUCCGGGGACAGUUGACGAGACCUUCUGAGGGCCUGGUGUCUGACUAUAAUCUCACUAUCUUCCUUUGCGCCGCUGAAGUCCGCCCCAUUUCACAUCUAAUCAAGAUGCUUCAAAAUCGAACCUUACGAGUUCAACGAAUCGUCGCAAAAAACCCUCAUGAAGAGCAAGCUGUUACAAUGGAGCAGUUCGAAGCACUUUCAGCCAGGCUAUGCGAGUUGGAAGCACAAGGAGCUACGGGCGACACGUCGUCAAACGCUACUGCGCGACCUGAUGUUCCACAGCCAAAAUUGAUCGAGGCGGCAGUUGCUCAAGAAGUCCGUAGUAGCAUACAACCAGAGCUAGAUGCUUUAAAUCGCGCCAUGCGUCGAUACGAGAAGAAGCUCACCCUACUCGCAUGCCAAACCGACAAUCGUAUCGAGUAUGUCGACUAUAGGCUUAAUGAUGCUAUCGCGCUUGCUGCCGUCGCCGCUAAGAAUAGUAACGCUCAACGGAACUUUGGCGGGUGGUUUAUCGACAAGAGCAUUGCGCUGGUUAUACUCCCAUUCCACGCACUAGUAGCGGUGUCUACCUUUCCUUUCCGGACGGUAUCGACUAUGCUUAGUCGAAAGAGCAGGUCUUCGUCCGAGAAGACCCAGAAGUCGGUUCGCAAUGGGAAAGUGCUUGCUCAUGGCAAGACCAGCUCCGAUCGCAUGCCUACGCGCGUGUCUAGGAGAUAGUAGUAUUAUAUUAUGUAUUAUGAUGGUACGGGUGUACGAUUCGGGACUGUUAGGUUAGGUACGUGUAGUUUGUACUAGGUAAUAAUAACGGAUGGGCCGGCACGGAGAAGGAGGAUACCGGGAAACGGUCAGGAGGGGGUGGGUAUUAAACGGAGUUUGGACAUGGUUCGCUCCCGUCGUGGGUUAUAAGUUAUAACGAUAGGAAUUACGUAGGGGGAGAUUUACCCACGGGAACGUCCUCGAAGAGCAAUUAUACAAGUUGCGGUUCUACAAAUACUUUUCUUGAUGCAAUCGCAAACCUGAAAUACUAUUCCUAUGCGGCCUGAGUCAAAACUAUCUCGAUGCAGUGGAAGUUACCUGGAUACCUUAGAAUAGGGAAAUAAAAUUUAAGAAAACGCAUGCACUCGC